UACAGGCGGGGAGAAGCUGCAGGGUUAAGGGCGGGGCGGCUGCCAAGCCGGCCAAUAGGCGGCCCUCUAAGCCGGCCGAGCAGACAGAGAGCAGAGUCGCCGCUACUAGCCUGCCGCCUCCCAAGUUUCCCUGGUGGAUGCACGUCCCGGCGGUUCUGCUCCUCCGGGCGCAGAGGGGCCCGAAGAGGCCAGAGGAGCGGCCACGGGACGGGAUUUCUGAGGCAGGGGAGAGGACGGGCACCCGACCCGCUCUGGGGGGCUCCGUGAACGAUGAAGAGCCGGAGGCGGCGACGCCGAGAGUAUUGCAAGUUCGCGCUGCUGCUGGUGCUCUACACGCUGGUGCUGCUGCUCGUCCCCUCCGUGCUGGACGGCGGCCGCGACGGCGACAAGGGCGCCGGGCACUGCACUGGCCUGCAGGGCAGCCUGGGAGUGUGGAGCCUGGAGGCGGCGGCGGCUGGCGAACGCGAGCAGGGCGCAGAGGCGCGGCCCGCUGCCGAAGGGGGCGCGGGCGAGGUCCCCCGGUCCCGGGGCAACCUCAGCGGCGCCGUCGGGGAGGUGGUGUCUCGCCAGAAGCAGCACAUCUACGUGCAUGCCACCUGGCGCACCGGCUCCUCUUUCCUGGGCGAACUCUUUAACCAGCAUCCGGACGUUUUCUACUUGUACGAGCCCAUGUGGCACCUAUGGCAGGCGCUAUAUCCGGGCGAUGCCGAGAGCCUGCAGGGCGCGCUGCGCGACAUGCUGCGCUCGCUCUUCCGCUGUGACUUCUCCGUGUUGAGGCUAUACGCACCGCCGGGGGACUUCGCCGCGCGCGCCCCGGGUGCGGCCAACCUCACCACGGCCGCCCUCUUUCGCUGGCGGACCAACAAGGUCAUCUGCUCGCCGCCUUUGUGCCCUGGCGCACCCCGAGCCCGCGCCGAGGUCGGCCUCGUUGAGGACACCGCCUGCGAGCGCAGCUGCCCUCCCGUGGCACUGCGCGCCCUGGAGGCCGAGUGCCGCAAGUACCCGGUAGUGGUCAUCAAGGACGUGCGCCUCCUGGACCUGGGUGUGUUGGUGCCACUGCUGCGUGACCCAGGACUCAACCUCAAGGUGGUGCAGCUUUUCCGCGACCCGCGGGCUGUGCACAAUUCGCGCCUCAAGUCUAGGCAGGGGCUGCUGCGCGAGAGCAUCCAGGUGCUGCGCACUCGCCAGAGGGGCGACCGUUUCCACCGCGUGCUGCUGGCGCACGGCGUGGGCGCUCGCCCUGGGGGCUCGUCCCGCGCGCAGCCCGCCGCGCCACGCGCCGAUUUCUUCCUGACGGGCGCACUCGAGGUGAUCUGUGAAGCAUGGCUGCGCGACCUGCUUUUCGCGCGCGGUGCGCCCUCCUGGCUGCGGCGCCGCUACUUGAGGCUGCGCUAUGAGGACCUGGUGCGACAGCCGCGCACCCAGCUGCGCCGCCUGCUGCACUUCGCUGGGCUGCGCGCGCUCGCCGCACUCGAUGCCUUCGCGCUGAAUAUGACGCGCGGCGCGGCCUACGGCGCCGACCGGCCCUUUCACCUGUCGGCGCGUGACGCCCGCGAGGCAGUGCACGCCUGGAGGGAGCGCCUUAGCCGAGAGCAGGUGCGCCAGGUGGAGGCCGCCUGCGCCCCAGCCAUGCGUCUGCUGGCCUACCCUCGCAGCGGAGAGGAGGGCGACGUGGAGCCGCCAAAGGACUUGGAGGUAUCGCUAGAGAUGGAGGCCGAGGGCGCCACGUAGCUCCGCACUCUCACCCCCCGGGGCGGACACGGGUCAGUCACCAUGAACUGAGGCACUUGGUGUGCUGUGCCAGCACUGAAGAAGCAAUGCUGUGGAGGCAAUCAGUCUACCAUGCUGUCAGAGGCUGAGACUUGACCUGAUACCAACUGCUGUGCAACACUGCUGAGCAGGAAUCUCGUGAGCUGUUAAAUAAUAUGAUGGGCACAUUGGUUGAGAUGAAGUUUCCAGUAAGGAAGUGACAGUACAAUGUAGAUAACUAUGGCCUUAAAAUAGGAAGAACUUUAGUUCCCAGCCUGAACCUGCCUCUGCUGGAGCCAUUUGAACAAGAGGUCCUCACAACAAAGAGAUGUGAUUUGGUACCAUUUCACAUCAGCAAGUAUCUGGACAGAAGCAUCAAUGUGAAUAAGGACCAAGUGUAGUCCUGUCUCUCUCAAUUAAAUUACUUAAUAUUAAAUAAAAGUUCUGGGUGGUACUGUUUUAAACCUGACUUAGUCAGCUCUCCUUCAAAUAGUUCCCCUGGUUAGAACCUAUUAAAAAAAGUAUUUUUUAUAUCCCUGGGGUAGGAGAACCCUAAUGAACUGAAACAAAUUUUUAUUGCAUUUAAAUUGUUCUGUCUGGUAUUUUUGUAACUCCGGAGUCAUGUUAAUGA